UUUGCCACAUGCCACUUGAUCCUCACAAUGCCCCUCUGAAGUAGAUUUUAUUAUCCCCAUGUUUCAGAGGUGGCAACUGAGUGAGGCUGAGAUAAGUGAAGCGAUUUGCCCAGUGUCAUACAGCUAUGAAGAGUCUGAGGCAGGAUUUGAACCUAGGGCUUCCUUUGCCCAAGAAGCACUGGGAGAGAGAGUAGCAAUAAGAACAUAUUCCCAGUCCUGGAGUGUCCCUGAGAAGCUACAAGCAAAGGAAGGCCAAAUGGACCAAGGCAGCCAGAGUGACCCACAGAAAGAAUUGAAAGAAAAAGUAUUGUCCUUAAUUAAUGAAGUGACAGAGACUCAUGGGGAGCUGGAAAAGCUUCAGGAAUGGUGUGAAGCAGAGCAUUCAGAAGGGAUGAACCUAAUAUGUCUUCUGAGAUCUGACAUGAACCAUACCCAGAAUGAAAGGUGGGUAUUUCAGUGUCAUGCAGUGGAGGAGGUCAUCAGACCCUUGCCCCCAUCAGUAUUUGAGCCAGUUGCAUGAAAAGGCCAAA